UGAAACGCUCAGGCACAUUCCCGUUAUUUCCGGUGGUGGUUAGGAGUGAGCUGGAGAUGCGCAGCGCGUGAAGCUCCAGGUCGAACAAACGUCAGAGGACACAAUGGCUCCCACGAUCCUCCUCCUGUCACUCCUGGUCCACCUGCUCAGUCCGGCUCAGAGCAUCGACCCAGCUGUGGAGGACCUAAUCAACAAGAAUGCAGACUUUGGAGCUCGACUGUACCGGGCGGUUGCCAGCCGCACUGACAGUAACGUUGUCUUGUCUCCGUUCUCGCUGUCGGCUGGAAUGCUGGCGCUCCUCAGUGCCACCAAUGGUCCAACCCGAGACCAGCUGCUGCAGGGACUUACCCUGACCGGACUGGACCCAGAGACAAUACCAGAUCAGUUCCAGACUCUGAAGAAUCUGGUCCUUCCAGGACAACUAUCCUCGAACCUCCAGACUGCCAUGGCAGUCUUCCCCUCUCAGAAUCUCCAGGUCUCUGAGUCCUACCAACAACUGGUUCAGACAAAGUUUGACGGUGUGGUCCAGAGUCUGUCCUACAAUGUGCCCUCUGAGGCCGUUGGCACCAUCAAUCGCUGGGUCCAGGAUCAGAUGGGAGAUGAGUUCCAGGACCUGCUCUCCACCAUGGACCCCCAAACCCAGCUGCUAAUUGCCACUGCUGCCAGAUUACAAACCCAGUUCGACCCACCCUUUAACUCCUCGUUCACUCAGGACGAGCGGUUUUACGUGGACCGGUACCAUGUAGUCAUGGUUCCCAUGAUGUUCCGAGCUGAUAAGUAUUUCCUGGCAUACGACGGCCUGGUGAAGGCUGGAGUGCUGAAGCUGCCCAUGGCGGACGGAGCGGCCAUGUUGGUGGUGCUGCCCGAUGAUGGUGUAGACUUGACCACUGUGGAGGAGGAAGUGACAUUUGAGAAGAUCCAGACCUGGAUCCAGCAGCUGAAGAAAACGAAGUUGGAGGUGCAGCUUCCUCGCUUCCUACUGGAGCGUUCUUACACCCUAAAAGAUGUCCUUCAGACCCUGGACAUUGUUACGGUCUUUCAGGAUGAUGCUGACAUCAGCAAUAUGGGUGAAAUUAGAGGAGCGAAACUCUCUCAGGUUCAUCAUAAAUCUGUCGUCACAGUGAAUGAGAACCUUGCUGACGUCAGCAUCUCAGGAAGCAGGUUGUUCUCUACACCGCCACCGCGACUGACCUUCAACAGGCCCUUCGUCUUCAUCAUCUACCAGGAGGCCACCCGCGGCCUGCUCUUUAUGGGCCGAGUCACCAACCCCACAGAGAAAUAAACCAUUGCCUGAUGGGGACAAGCUCCACCCACCCUGUUGUACACCUGUCAGGUUCCAGUGUCGUGUCCUGUCUGUCUGUUGUGCUCAACAUGAAAGUUGUGACCCUUCAAGGUGUCCUGGGGGUCACCUGAGAGUUCCAGAAGUAAUCCUAGUAUUUACCUAAAAUUCUAAUUCUCAUUUGAUGUUUGGUAUUUGUUUACUGAUAAAUAACAUUCUUAACCUUCGUCCCAUUUAUGUUAGGAUGACACAGGUUACAUUUCUCUACAUAAGCAUCAUAAAAAUAAAAAUAUAUCCAUUUAGCAUCAUACCAAUUAUUAUAACAUUAAUCUGCUCUUAGGAUCAUUUAUCACUGUAUUAUUAUUAUUCGUGUACAUUUUGCAUUAUGAAGGUAGCAUCUAAUUAUAUUCAUGUACAGUUAGCACUAUGCCUGCAUCGUCAGGCAUAUCAGUAUCCUGAACCAUUGAGUUAGCAUAAUUGUUAGCGUUAGCCUAAAUGCAAAAAAUAUUAAGCUUGUGCAUCCACUUCUUUAAAUCACUUAAGUUGUAUGUUGUGUAAUCAUUUCGCCGUGAAAAAUAAGAAUAAAAUAAAUUAUUAAAAGUUCAAAA